AUGACGGAGUUGCACCAGGCGGCGGCAGCGGGGGAUUUUGAUCGAGUUGAAGAGAUUCUGAGGCGAAAUGAAUGUAAUCCCAACCAAAGAGACAUCGACUGGAGCUACAAGACACCUCUUCACUGGGCAGCAGCUAAAGGACAUACAGAAACAGUCAGGAUCCUCAUCGAGCAUGGGGCCAGGCCGUGUCUGAGGACAGAGCAUGGAUGGACCCCUGCCCACUCUGCUGCAGAGUCAGGCCGACUGGCCGUGCUGCGGCUGCUGCACUCCCUGCAUGCCCCUAUAGACAAAGAGGACUGCUGUGGAGACAAACCAGUGCGAAUAGCCGAAAUAUACGGACACAAGGAUUGCGUUCGAUUCCUUAAAAAAGCAGAAAUUGAGUGCCAGGCCUACCGCAAGAUGGCAGCCCAGAAAGGGAUUUCAUUGGAUGACACAGACGAGGAGUGGGCAGAACAUGGAAAAGAAAAUGAAGAAAACAGGAUCUCUGGCAACAUUCAGACGUAGGCUUAUACUCACCUUUGCACAACAAAAGUGUGAACAAGAAUUUACAGUGUUUCAGUGCUUUAAUUAAAAAUUAAAAAUGUGUAAUAUGCAGUAUUGUUAAAAUCACAUAUCACAUUAUUAUGUCAUUUACUUUCACAUUAUAGUCUAAAUAAAUCUAAAGCGACAAACAAAAAUACAGGUUGGAAAUAUUUAUCUAUCAAACAAACAUUAUGCAU